AUGAACUCGUGGGACGCGGGCCUGGCGGGGCUGCUGGUGGGCACGAUCGGAGUGUCGCUGCUGUCCAACGGGCUGGUGCUGCUCUGCCUCCUGCACAGCGCUGACAUCCGCCGCCAGGCGCCGGCGCUCUUCACUCUCAACCUCACGUGUGGCAACCUGCUUUGUACCGUGGUCAACAUGCCACUAACACUGGCCGGCGUCGUGGCACAACGGCAGCCGGCCGGGGACCGCUUGUGUCGCCUGGCCGCCUUCCUCGACACCUUUCUGGCUGCCAACUCCAUGCUCAGCAUGGCCGCGCUCAGCAUCGACCGCUGGGUGGCUGUGGUCUUCCCGCUGAGCUACCGUGCCAAGAUGCGCCUCCGAGAUGCCGCCUUCAUGGUGGCCUACACGUGGCUGCACGCGCUCACCUUCCCGGCCACCGCGCUCGCCUUGUCCUGGCUCGGCUUCCACCAGCUGUAUGCCUCGUGCACGCUGUGCAGCCGGCGGCCGGACGAGCGCCUGCGCUUUGCUGUCUUCACCAGCGCCUUCCAUGCGCUCAGCUUCCUGCUGUCCUUCAUCGUGCUCUGCUUCACGUACCUCAAGGUGCUCAAGGUGGCCCGCUUCCACUGCAAGCGCAUCGACGUGAUCACCAUGCAGACGCUCGUGCUGUUGGUGGACAUCCACCCCAGUGUAAGGGAACGGUGUCUGGAGGAACAAAAGCGGAGGCGACAGCGUGCCACCAAGAAGAUCAGCACCUUCAUAGGGACCUUCCUCGUGUGCUUUGCACCCUAUGUGAUUACCAGACUGGUGGAACUCUUCUCCACAGCGCCCAUCGGCUCUCACUGGGGUGUACUGUCCAAGUGCUUGGCUUACAGCAAGGCUGCUUCUGACCCCUUCGUGUACUCCUUGCUGCGACACCAAUACCGCAGGAGCUGCAAGGAGCUUCUGAACAGGAUCUUCAACAGACGCUCCAUUCACUCUGUGGGCCUCACAGGUGACUCUCACAGCCAGAACAUUCUGCCCGUGUCGGAAUGAAGGACCACUCUCCUGUAGGGGAGUUCAGAACAAGGUGGCCAGAGCAGAGGGAGGUGGUCUGGGACUCCUGGGUAGACAAUAACUGCCACCAUUGCCUGGUGACUGCCGUGAUGCUGAUGUCUGAACAAGAUCUGGGGCCUGCUUCUUGGCUCUUCCGGGGUAGAUGUCAGACUGUCCCUAUUUGUCACCAAAGGGUGGCCAUAGGCCUCGCCCUGGCCUUUCUUUCUGAGUGUGUUUUGAGUGUUUAGACUCACCAAAGGCCUCCCAGAGGAUGGCAGGCCAGUUAAUGUCAAGGACACAGAGUGCUGGUGGCAGGUGUGGGGCAUGAUAGCCACCUGUUUGCUAA